AUGGCUAUAGAAAACAAUUCAACAAAUCAAAAUCUUCACGAGGAAUCAAAAAGUAGUACAGUUAUUUUAUUCUUAUCAUCUUCUAUAUUAGUAGGAUGUAUAGUUAAAAUAAUAUUUUCAAGAAUUUUAAAAAAUACAAUUCCACUUCCAUUUACAAUAUCAGUUCUUAUUGUGUCAUUUGUAAUUGGUAUUAUGGUAACAGAAAUAACAAAUGACAACAACGAUUUCUUCUUUGGAGAAAUUCAAUUGAGUCAUAUUAAUCCUCAUUUAAUAUACUAUAUUUUUUUACCAUUAUUAAUAUUUGAUUCAUCGUUUAAUGGUCAUUUUCAUGUUAUAAAACAACAACUCUUAUCAGCGAUUCUUAUGGCUGGUCCUGGUGUAUUUAUAUCAACUGUCAUUAUUGCAAUAUGUGGAAUUUAUAUAUUUCCAUAUAACUGGUCAUGGUUACUUGGCCUUCUAUUUGGAAGUAUUCUAAGUGCAACAGAUCCGGUUGCUGUUGUCGCUUUAUUACAUGAUUCAGGCGCGAGUAGAUCACUAGCGUCAUUGAUUGAUUCUGAAUCUUUAUUAAACGAUGGUUCUGCAUUUGUUAUUUUUCUUAUUUUUUAUAAUAUUGUCAUUGGUGGAGAUCAUAGUGCAAAAAAAAUAAUUGUUGAUAUAGUUAAAUACAGCAUUGGUGGUCCUGCUUUUGGUUUAGCUUGUGGAAUAAUUAGUGUAAUCAUAUUGAAUCGAAUCAACAAUGAACUCGAAGUUGAAAUCACAUUUACUUUUGGUCUUGCUUAUCUAAUUUUUUAUGUUGCUGAUGUUGAACUUGGCGUAUCAGCUGUUCUUGCUCUUGUUACAAUGGGUUUAUAUAUGAGUAAAUAUAAAUAUUGUAUCAGUAAUAAUGUUCAAUCUUCGAUGGCGAGUGCUUGGCGAAUUGCUACAUUUUUUAUUAAUAUUCUUAUUUUUACUGUUACUGGUAUUAUAUUAGCGAGUUCAUUUAUUGGUACAUCAACCACGAUUACAGCAAAAGACUUUGGAUUUUCAAUUGUAUUAUAUAUAAUUAUUCAUAUUGGACGAAUAAUAACUGUUGUAAUAUUACAUCCUUUCAUGAAAUGGACUGGCGUAUAUUUAUCAUGGAAAGACUGUGUAAUUUUAAUAUGGAGUGGUCUACGAGGUAGUAUGGCUCUUAUUUUAGUACUUAUAAUUAGCCUAGAUACAAGCAUUGAUUCUGUGAUACGUGAUCGCUUCCUUUUCCAUGUAUCCAUGAUUGUAUUACUUACGUUAGUCAUUAAUGGAACAAGCAGCAAAUUCUUAGUAAAACUUCUAGGUUUACAUCAUGGUACCAAAGAAAGUGAAACAGUUCUUUUACAAGCACUUGAGCAUGUGCGACGACAAACAUCAUGGAAGUUAUCAACAUUGAAAAGAGAUGAAAAAUUUGCUGACGUUGAUUGGAAAGUAUUAAAUCAAUAUCUACCUGAUAAAUUAUUAGAAGAAUUAGAUCAAGAAAAUAGUACAACUUUUCAUCAACAGUUAUCAACAAUGAUAAAUGAAAAUUCUCCAACAUCAACUCGAAGAUCUUCUCGGCAAAGCACUAGUACAGACUUCGAAUUACAAACAAUUCCAACAAUUUAUCAAACAAAUUCAAUGCCAAAUAGUCCAAUAGUACGAAAUAAAUUUGCAAAAGAUAACGAUAUGAUUUUACCAAUAAUUAAUAUUCUGGAUGACGAUAGUAUACAUGACCAAAAUAUUCGAAAUGCAUUGAUUACUCGUUUUUUAACAGCCAUAUCGAUUGAUUAUGAAAAACAAUGGUAUCUUGGAAUGAUUCGUCGAAGUACACUGAAUAUUCUUAUCAAAUCAGUUGAACAAGCAAAACAAAAAAAUUCAUUUAAACUUCAUUGGCAAUUAAUUGUUCAACAUUUUCGAUUAACAAUGUUGCUUCGAUGUCUAAUUAAAUUUCAUUAUUUUAACUUUAUUAAUCAAUGGACUUAUCAACUAUUUUUUGAUCAUAUUUUUCGAACUAUUGAAUUAACUUUAAGUUUUCAUUCUGCUAAAACGCGUUUGGAUAAUAUUCGAGUAGAAUUUCCUGAAUUAUCGAAUAUACAUGGACGAUUAAUGAGAGAAGUUUGUGACGAAGUAAAGAUGUAUCAAUUAAAUGCAAUGCAUGUACUUCUUGAUUUACAGCAAUCUUAUCGACUUUGUUGGACCAUUCAAAUGACAAGACGUUGCGCUCAAAUGCUUUUAAAAUAUGAAUCUGUUGCUAUUAUUCAAUUAUAUGAAACUGGAAUGUUAGAAGAAAAAGAAUAUUCACAUAUACUAGAAUUAAUUGAAAAUAAAUUAUUUUCUCUUGAAUACGGAAAUAUACAAAUGUCAGAAAAUCAAAAGAAAAGGCUUGAAAAUCCCUUUGAUUUAAUACCGUAUUUCCAGCUAUUUUCUUCAAUCGAAAAAAAGCAAUGGGAAUCUCUUAUGACGGUGAAACAUAAAUGGUUUCAACCCGGUACUAUUUUAAUACAACAGCAGCAAAGAGUGACAACAGCUUAUUUGAUUGUUCGUGGUAUUGUUCGAUGUAAAGAUGAUGCAGUAUCUACUUAUUACAAAUGUGGAAGUAUUGUAGGAAUCGAUGCAUUAUUCUCUGAAAAUUCUUCGUCUUAUGGGACUUAUGCUGUUGAUGGUGGACUCGUUGAAACAUAUUCAAUCGAUAGAGUUUUGUUAAAUCUGUUAUUAUCUGAUGAGAAAAUUGCUCGUUCGAUUUAUGAUGAAAUAGCACUUCAUGUGAUAAUGAAUAACUAUAAAAAAUCAUUUAAGUUAACACAUUCACAAUUAAGAAUGUUGUUAAAUGGAAAAGUUGUAUUUUACAAGAAUCAAUCGGAUUUAACAAUUGAACUUCAGGUAAAUCAAAGAUUACUUCUUUUAUCAGGAACAAUGAUACGUUAUGCAAACGAUGAAGAAGAAAUUAUCAUUGAUUCAUUUCAUUUUAUUUUGAUUGAUUCUCCAGCAACAUACAAGUUAAAUUCUUCUAGCGUUGUAUAUAUAUGGACACUUGAAGAUGAAGAUCUUUGCUUGAAUAUUACAAAAUUUAAAAUAAAUUUCCCAAAUGAAAAUAAUCGAGUUGAUCAUCUUGAACCAUUUUAUCCGCUAUAUUUGGGCGUAUCUACUGAGUUUUCACCACGACGUCAUUCUUCGUCUAUAACGCGUCCAAUAGAACAUUCAAAUCAACUUCAAUUUAUACCAUCAGAAAUUGGAAUUCAGAACGAAGAAAAUAUUCCAAUAGAAUAUUCGCUUUGA